AUGUCCGACGUCCCACCUACUGAACCCGUUCCACAGCCAGAAGAAACAGCAUGCUUCCAGCACCACAACAGGUUCCACCUCCACAAGGCUCCCCACAGCAACCUCAGUUCCAAACAAGGACCUCCGAAUUACUACCAAUUUCCACCUCAAGGUUACUACCCACCACAAGGCUUUCCAAACUACCCACCACAAGGCUUUCCAAACUAA